AUGGUCACCACGACCACGCGCGCACGAAACCCCACUUCCCCUUUCCCCUCCUCUUCCUCCUCCUCGCCCCUCGCCAUGGCCGCCGGGCCGCCACCCGCGGGGUUCUUUUCUUUCCUCAAGCACGGCGUCCUCGUCCCUGCGCGGGGGCGGGGGAUCUUCCUGCCGCUGCUCGCGCUCACCGCCGCGCUCGCGGGGGCGCUCCUCCUCGCCAACUCCCUCGCCGUGCAGCCGCGCGCGGUCGACGUGCUCCUCGACGCCGACGCCCUCAGCCGCGCCGACCCGGCCAGCGCCGCCUACCCGAAGCUCGUCCGGAGGUUCCGCCACGACCUGCGGAGCCUGCUGGUCGACGCCGCUUCCUGCGUCGCCGCCGCGGUGGUCGCCGGGUCGGCGAUCAAGAUCGCCACCGUGUUUGCCGCCGUCGCCGCGUUCUCCGUCUCCGGUGAUGGCGAUGGCGGAGGGGAGCGCCGCGCCACCGUGUCGGGGUUCCUCGCCGCGGCAAAGGGGAACCUUUGGGGCCCCGUCGUCACCAUCGCCUUCGGGUACAUCCUCGAGGUGGUCUGCGUCGCCGCCAUCGUCGCCAUGGCGAUGCUCAUGGUGCCCCUCCUCGAGUACUCCCUGCUGCUCCUCUUCCUCGACGCCAUGGCCGUGCUCCUCGCCGCGCUCUUCCUCGUCUACCUCACCGUCGUCUGCGCGGUGGCCCUCGCCGUGUCGGCCGCGGAGCCCGGGAAGCGCGGCGCCGGCGCGGUGUCCCGCGCGUGGAGGCUCAUGAGCGGCAAGAACGCGCAGGCCGUGGUCUACGUCGUCGCCACGUUCGCGCUCGCCGCCGCCGUCUCUCCGGUGUACACGCUCGCGCUCAGGUGGUGGCCGCGGAGCGCGCCGGCGGGCGCGGCCGCCGGCGUCGCGUACGUGCUGCUGCUCGGCGCCGUCGAGGUGUUCUCCGUCGCCGCCGUCACGGCGUACUACUUCGAGUGCAGGGAGUCGAAGCAGGCGGAGGAAGACAUGGCCGUGGGUCACCACUACACCAAGCUCCCUAACGGCGACGAAGCAAACAUUUGAUUAAUCUGAAUUUUACAUCUCUUCCAAAUUCAUUAAUGUAAGAGUUGAUUUUGAUAGAUGCUACUGAUAUGUUUACAUUGACAUUGCAAAUUUUCUGAUACAAACAUUCAACCAAGAAAACACUACCAUAGUGGAUUGCCAUGUUAUUUACUUGUAUGUAGUGUGCUGAUCUUUACUCAAAUUCACUGUAAAUUUUGUAAACCACACAUAUUCUCAUCACAUAAUAAAUUACGUCCAAAACUAAGAAA